AUGAGCAUGCAGACCCCGCCCACACUCCUGGAGCUGGCAGGAAAGCGCCUGCUGAGGGACCAGGCCUCGGCCAUCGCAGCUCUGGAGCACCUGCCCGCCGAGCUCUUCCCGCCUCUGUUCAUCCUGGCCUACCAUAGCAGACGCCACCAGGAGUCCCUGAAGGCGAUGGCCCAAGCCUGGCCCUACCCUGUCCUCCCUCUGGGAGGCCUGAUGCAGCGGCCUCGGGUCAAGGUCUUAAAAGCCGUGUUGGAUGGGCUUGACGUUCUGCUUGCCCAGGAGGUUCGCCCCAGGAGGUGGAAACUGCGGGUGCUGGAUUUAAGGAACCUGGGUGCUGACUUCUGGAGAAUGUGGUGUGGAGACAGCACCCUGAAGCGCUCACUGAUGGGACCAGUGACUGUGCACAGGUCCAGCCCCAACAUGGAGCACCCCUUAGCUCCCGUGGAGGUGUUCCUAGACCUUAACUUCAAUGACAGGGACAGGGAUGAGUUUUUCAUGUACGUCAUCCAAUGGGCCCAGCAGAGGGAAGGGCUGCUACACCUGUGCUGCAAGACGCUGAGGAUUGCUGAGGUGCCCUUCCAGAGGGUGAGGAAGGUCCUGGAUGCGGUGCAGCUGGACUGCAUCCAGGAGGUGGAGGUGAACUGCACCUGGGACCUGCCCACCCUGGGGACGUUUGCUCUUUACCUGGGUCAGAUGAGGAACCUGCAGAGACUCUCUCUCUCCCACAUCCACGUGUUGAGUGAGGAGGAGGAGGAAGAGGAUGAUGAGGAGGAUGAGGAAGAACUGGAGGAAGAGGGAUCCUUUUCCCAAUUCCUCUCUCAGAUGCUCAGGCUGCAGCACCUCCGCGAGCUCGACAUGGAUUCCCCCUCCUUCCUCCGAGGCCGUCUGGACCAGAUGCUCAGGUGCCUGCAGACUCCCUUGGAUAAACUCACCAUAACGCAUUUCCAGCGCCUGACCCAUUCAGACCUGACACACCUGUUCCAGUCCCCGAACCUCAGGCAGCUGAAGUCCCUGCGAUUGUAUUGUGCCAACUUUGCUGAUUUUAGUCCUGAGCCCCUCCGAGCUCUGCUGGAGGCAGUGGCACCCACCCUCCAGGAACUGUACCUCGAUAAGUGUGCCAUGGUGGACUCCCAUGUCGAAGUCAUCCUGCCUGUCCUGAGCCUCUGCCACCAGCUGAUUUCCAUCACCAUCUCUGAGAACCACCUCUCUGUGGCCACUGUGGAGAAGCUGCUGCGUCACACAGCCGGGCUGCGCAGCUUAGAGCUAGAGCUGUACCCCGUCCCCCUGGAGUGUUACACGAUCCAGGAGACUGUCAACCAGGAGAGACUUGCCCUGGUCCGGGCUGAGCUGACGGGGAUACUGAGGGAGUUAGGACAGCCCAGGAUCAUCCUGCUUGCCACCAAGCACAGUGGCCACAGGGAGUUUUAUGACGUGGCAUUUUCAUGA